AAGUGCCGGUACUAUCUGCCAUAUAUCUGGAAAAGAAUGAACUGUUUUCAUUACUCAUUGCAGCAUAUGCAGAAGUCUUCCUCCAUGUCUGUUCUUGAGGUCGACUAAGCUGUUACAGCAUGCAGGACAUCUGAAAACCAUGGUGGAGCACCUGACGAUUGCAGGGCAGGAUCUUCAGAUGAAUCUCUGUGACACAAGUUUCCUAUUAACAGCCUUGUUUCAUGCUGCCUCUGAUUAUGGUGUUAAGAAUAUUCAAGUCCAGCAGUGUCUUGCACCACUCAGGAUGGCAGUUUUGUACCACUUUGAAUCUUUAAAGAGUAUCUUCAAGUGCCACACAGAAGUUAUUGGAAUGCACAAUUGCUUGCAAGAAUUUUGGAGUUUCCUCAAAUGCACAGAUGUGAUAGAUACCAGUGAAGUGACACCCCAGGAAGCUGGUAUUAGAUGUCUUGCCCUGCGGCUCAAAUCCGCUGGCACUAACCUAUCUAAGAUUUCUCCAAAGACAAGAAUUUGCUACUUCAGGUGGCUUUUAGCAUACAUAGGACAGCAGCAAAUUUAUGGCAGGUUGCCCUUCUUUCCUGACCCAGAAAGCACUCUCAAUAAAAUAAGUGGAGAAGACAAAGAAAUCCUCUUGACAUGCAGGGCUGAACUAGAACUCUUGCUGAAGACAUUUGAAACUUCAAGAUUGACAAAAGCGACUUUUCCAGAUGUGGAGGAAAGGUCAUUACCUCUGCAAACUGUCCCUACUGCUUGUGUCCUUUUAAUACUUUAUACUCAUGAAUUGGCAGAAGGAAGGCCAGGAAAUAGAGAAGAUAAGAAGAGACUGGAUCUUAAAUACAUUGAUCUUCUCAUACAGUGCCAUUAUGCAAUGUGUAAAGCUUGUGAAUUGAAAAAGGAAGUUGGUGCAGAUGAAGUGAGUUCAAGAAACAAGAUUUGGAGCAGAAAAUCUUAUUCUUUAAAUAAGAAUGAGGACGACACAGAUAUAGUGGAACUGGAGUACCUGGCAGAGUUGAAUCAUAAAUUGUUCACUUUUGUAUCAAAUGCACCAUCAGAGAUUCUGUCUAAGUUACCGAAGGACACAUUGUUGAAAUGUGAGCCAGAUCUCAAAGCCGCGAUAUCAUAUAAAUUGAAAAGUAAAUAGACAGUACUUUUGUACAAGAGAAUUAAAGAAUAUAUUUAUUUUCCUAACUAAAAA